UCCUCAUCUGGUUAGGAAAUUGCGCCACUGCUCAGUGAGUAUGUGACCAACAUAAAGAAGAAUAUUAGACCAUUUUCACGACUGCUGUGAGGCAUAUGGUGUGGAGUUAAAUUACAGAUAAUCUUGACGGCACCGUCUUUAUAAAUCGUGACACUUCCAAAAGCAAGACAUGGGAGCUGGUUCCAGUCAACCCAGUGAGAAUGAUGAGCAGUCCAUCAUACCCCAGCAGGACAGGAGAAAGACCUCUAACAGGAGACACUCUGAGGAAACACUGGACUGCCCAACCUGCCAGGGCACGGGCCGCAUCCCACGAGGCCAGGAGAGCAAAUUGGUGGCAGUGAUCCCCUGCUCCGAUCAGAGGCUGAAACCACGACACACGAAGUUGUAUGUCACUGUGUCGGUGACGCUGUGCCUGCUGGUCAGCUCGCUGGUCCUCUUCUUCUUGUUUCCUCGCAGUGUCAUCCUCUCACCUGUGGCUGUCAAGUCUGUCUAUGUUUACUUCACCCCGACCACUGUCCAAAUGAACAUCACGAACAUCCUGAAUAUUACCAAUGACAACUUCUUUACAGUUCAGGCCUACAACUUGACAGUGCAGGCUCUUUUUGAUAAAACUGUUGUGGGCAAGGCUGAUAUGAAAAAUGUCACCACUGUCAAACCACUCACGGACAAAACGUUUGCCUUUGAGAUUCCUGUCACGCUAGUGGAGGAGGGUCUGAACAAUUACUGCAAGAAAUCUACGAUCAAGAUCCAUACGUUAUUUGUCCAUCUUCAGAUGUCAAUGACUGUUUACUACCUGGCCCACUUUGAGCAGCUUUCCCUGGACACGUUUGAAUACAUCGACUGUGGUUCUAACACCACAACACCCCACCUCAUCAACCCUACACCCUGAGACCAAGGGCUCCAUGAGUGACGGGAUGACUGAGAAGUAGGCCAUGAGGUGAACUUUGUGGUCAAAAGCCAUAGUUUUUUUUCUUGAAAAAUGCAAAUGUCCAUCAAGUUAUGGGGAAGAAAGAAACUACAAAAAUGUGGCGCUUGAAAUUAAAAUUAAAGCUCUGAAAUGUAAUGUUUGUCUUCCCUAUGCACCUCUGUAGCACUUGCUUUUUAAGUAGGGUCAUUGCUGUGGUUGGAGGCUCUGCGCUGUGAAAAUUAAAACAAUUUUUGCCACAUCCUA